AUGCUGAUUGUUUUCGAAUUUGUGUGUGCCUUAAUUGUGGUAUCUAGUUUAUUUGUUCUUUCCUGGAAUGUCCGAGGAUUGGGGAAAUUUGAAAAGAUAAGAGAUGUCUAUAAGGUUUUUGAAUCGAAUAGGGUGAAUUUGAUUAUGCUACGGGAAACAAAGGUCUCUGAAAUUAGUGGCUAUUUCCAAAGAAGAUUAAAGGGUAAAUUUGAUAGGGAAUUAGCUUUUGCGCUUGCUGAAGGGGCCUCGGGUGGACUAAUCUCAUUGUGGGAUAGAAAUGUAUAUGAUGAAAGCUGCAAAAUUAUUUUUAGGAGGAUGAUAGCACUCAAAGGGAGGUUAGUGUCAAAUAACAGGGAGAUAGGAGUAAUUAAUGUGUAUGGGCCGAAUGUGCAAGGGGAAAUGAGAGAAUUUUUUGAGCAAUUGAUCACUGUGAUUUCUGAUUGGAAUAUUCCUGUGAUAGUGGGGGGUGAUUUUAAUGCAGUUAGGAUGGAGUCCGAAAGAUUAGAGGUUCAAGUUCAAUCCACUGCGAUGGAGAUUUUUGAAGAAUUUAUUACUGCUUCUGAGUUGUUUGAGGUACCAAAUCUGGGUAGUUUGUUUACAUGGUUUAGGGGAGAUGGGAAUGUGGUAGCGAGUAGGCUUGAUAGAUUUUUAAUAUCUACCGAAAUAUUUAGUUUGUUUCCUCAAUUGAUGCAAGUUUCACUUCCCAGGAGAUUAUCUGACCACAAACCUAUUGUUCUAAAAGAGAGUAGAUUAAAGAUCAUUAGACCAUUUAAAUGGUUUAAUUAUUGGGCUGAUGAUCCUAUUCUGGCCAAAACAAUCAGAGAAUUAUGUGAAUUUAAUAGAGGUAAAGGUAUGAAUAAAAUUCUGCUGCUGGUGAAGAAAGUGACCAAGUCGGAGAUUUCUGUUUUGAAGGCAAGUCUAUGGGCUGUUAUGAGGAAGGAAGAAUGGUUACAAAAAUCUAGGCUUAGGUGGUUUAAAGAGGGUGAUAAAAAUACAAAAUUCUUCCAUCUCUCAGCAGUAACAAGGGGUAGAAAAAAUCAUAUUACAAAGCUGAAGGUGCAGAAUUCUGUUGUUAAAAAUCAGGCCAAAAUUCAACAAGCUUUUGUUAACUAUUUUCAUGAUGAUUAUAAUGAGUAUAAAACAAUUCCAUUGAAGAGAUUCGAUAUCCCAUUUAAGAAAAUUAAUGCUGCCACUAGAAGGAUUAUGGAGAGUCUUUUUUCGGAAGAGGAGAAAGUAGAGGCCAUUUCUCCUGAUGAGUCCAGACCAAUUUCAUUGGUGGGUAGUUUAUACAAGAAUGUAUCUCGUGUAUUGGCGAAAAGGCUGGGUAGUUGUCUUGCUGAAGUAAUUGUAGAGAACCAAUUUGCGUUUAUUGUUGGAAAACAGAUAGCUGAUUGUAGUUUGAUUGCAAACAAAGUCAUAGAUGGGCUGUCAAAAAGAAAGAAGGAAGCAGUUUUGAUUAAGGCAGAUUUUAGUAAAGCCAAUGAUACGGUUGAUUGGUGGUUUUUGAAUCUGAUUCUGAAGAAAAUGGGCUUCGGUAGAAGAUAG